UCAGAUUUGGCUUGUCAAUCCUGACUUUUGUUAUGGUGUUUCUCUUUCGAGCGCCGCUACCACGAAGCAGCUGUCUGACCCGGUUUGUGUGAAAAUGUCGAGCCGAGCGCUGAGGAGAUUGAAAGGAAAACAGCGCGGACAAGAGGAUAUAAACAUUCAAGACCUGAAACUGAGCGGCGGAGAAGGGAAAGGAGCACAAUUAGGGGAGGAAGAAGGCGAAGAGGAGCAGCAGGAGGAGGAAGAGGAGGAGGAGGAGGAGGUUCUACAGCCGGCCAAGAGCAGCAGCCGGAAAGCGAAGAAAAAGAGCAAAAAUCAGAAAAAUAUCAGCAACAUUUAUGAACUGAUUGGUGAAGUAGCCGAUACGGAUGGCAACAAAACUCAGAGCGAUGAGGAAAGCAUCCCAGCCCCAGGAAAGCAAGAAAAGUCUGACUCUAAUGAAAAGACAAACAACAAGAAAAAGAAGAAGAAGAAGAGGAAAAAGGCAGCUGCUGCAGACGCACCGGAGGAGCCAGAUAAAAACGACGACAUCGAUGCUUUACUGGAGACCAUAGAGAAGGAGAACGGUUUGUCAGUUCAGACUGAGGAUGGUGGAGUUUCAGGACACAGACCCGUGCUUUAUGUGGAACACAGGAAUUUAAACCCUGAGACUGAACUGAAGAGAUAUUUUGGAGCUCGGGCUGUGCUUGGAGACCAAAGACCCAGGCAAAGACAGAGGCAGUUUCAUCGCAGCACAUGGAUGACUUCCCCUAAAGACACAUGGGCUCGCUUUAGUCGACCAGGUAUCUCCAUGAGUUUGCUGGAGUCCAGAGACGGCCUGCACUUCUUCACGUUCGAGCACAGUCGCGAUUACCAGCAAGUCCAGUUCAAGUUCCUCGAUGCUGUGGAGUCGAUGGAUCCUAAUAACAUUGUGGCGCUGCUACAACUUAACCCCUACCACAUCGACUCCCUGCUGCAACUCUCCGACGUGUGCCGCAUUCAGGAGGACCAGGAGACGGCCAGAGACCUGAUCGAGAGGGCUUUGUACAGCUUCGAGUGUGCAUUCCACCCCAUGUUUAGCCUCACCUCAGGUACCAGCAGGUUGGACUACCGGAGAGCAGAGAACAGAGCAUUCUAUCUGGCGCUUUACAAGCACAUGAUGUUCCUGGAGAAAAGGGGAUGUCCACGCACGUCUCUGGAGUACUGCAAACUUAUCCUGAGUCUGGACCCGGAUAAUGAUCCUCUGUGCAUGCUGCUCCUGACUGAUUUCCUGUGUCUGCGCUGUCGAGAAUAUGGCUUUCUCAUCCGGCUAUAUGACGAGUGGGAGGCACAUCGGAACCUGCCCCAGCUCCCUAACUUUGCCUUCUCGGUAGCUCUGGCUUGUUACCACGUGAGUCAGCAAGAGGAGACGACACCCAAGGAGAGCCAGCGCAUGAAGCUCAGAUCUGACACACUGCUGCAGGAUGCUCUCAUCUUCUUCCCUGGAGUGUUGAUGCCUUUGUUGGACCACUGCUCAGUCCAGCCCGAUGCUGCCGUGUCGUCCCACGCAUUCUUUGGCCCCAAAAGCCGUUUGGGGCAGGCCCCUGCUCUGCUGGAGCUCAUGGGUCUGUAUGUGGGUCGCUGUCACAGCCUGUGGAAGGAGGCAGGAGUGAUGCUGUGGACCGAGGGAAACGUUCGGGAGGUGUUGAGGAGGGUCGAUGCCAAGGACCCGGUGGUGGAAGACUUCCAGAACAAGAGGAAGCAGAGAUACCAGAGCGCUCCCAGGAACAUUCACAGACACGUACUUCUUUCUGAGAUUAAGGAGGCCACAUCUGCACUGCCUCUGGAAGUGACCACACAGCCGGUGAUGAGUUACGAUCCACUUCCUCCUCUAGACUCUGUCGCCUCCUACACCAGGCCGGAGAGGCAGAAUCCGAGAGCCUCAAACGAGAGCACUCUGUCGCUGUUGUUCCGCUCCUUGUUGCCCAACUUCAACCUGCAGGGUGGACAGAGACCCGAGGAAGACCAAGAAGUGGCACGUGCUGGUCGGGAGCUGAACCAGGAAGUGAACCGACUGAUGGUGGCCAUGAGGGACAUGCUAGCUAACAUCCAGUUCCAGGAUCCGCCGAGGGACGACAACCAAGACCGAGACGAGGAGGAGUGGGACUGAGAGCGGAAGAGGAAAAAAAUGAUAACAAAAAGACAAGUGGACGCAGAUUAGAGGUGGUGGUUUGAGGUGGAGAACAAGAAAUCUGUACAUUCAUAGUCAGUAUAAUUCUGUCAUUCGUCUCCUUCCAUGACUAAAGUCGUCGACUCUUAAUUAUGCCGAAUCGUCCAGACCGUACCUUUAUAUUUGAGAUGGACAGAAGCCUUUAAUCAGAGCGAUUUAACGGUGUUAAUCUCAGCGUAAUGCUAUGCAACCAAGGCUUAAGGGUUUUCCUUCAACGACCCAACACUGGUUACUAGAUUUACACAGAUUGGAUAUCAGAUACUUUACUUUUGAAGAUUCAAAUCAGAUCUAAGUCCAUAAAAUAUCCUACUCGCAAAUAGGACUUGAAUUGAAAAGUAGUAAUAAAUCCUCUUAAUUAAUAUUUUUAUUCAUUAAAAGACUUUUGCCCGA